AUGGUGCAGGCAAUAACUUUAGCAGUAAUGAUCAACGCUUACUUAACUUUUUCUCUCGGAAUAGUAUUUAAUUUUUUGCUUUAUUAUUUGGCAAAAAAACAUUCAACAAAUGAUCUCAAAGAAUAUUUUCGAAUUACAGUCUAUCACAUUUGUUGGCAUUUGCUUCAAAUAAUAUCACAAACAAUAGGGCAACCCCUUUUCUUUAUUGCUUCGGAUAAUAAUGCUUAUGUUUUUCUCCACGGCCCGGGUAGAUGGAUUCCUGCAAUUCCUUUACAGCAUUUGGUUCUCUUGGUUUAUUUGUGUACUUUGGGAUGUAGCACAACAUCUAUUUCAUUGCAAUUUAUUGACAGAUAUUUGGUUAUUUGCAAAAAUCAUUCAAAUCAUUUUCGUCGCUAUUCAAUUAUGGGAUUUAUUGUUUUGCUUAAUGCUUUAGUAAUCAUUAUUGUAAAUAUUUGUUCAUUGCCCACAGUUAAUUAUCAGCUAACGUUACAAAAAUUUGUCAAAAUUUGUGGGUUAUUAUUCGACAACACACAAAAUGUUGAAUUCUUACAGAGUAUCAGAAUUAUUUGGUCAUCUGAUUAUGAUAAUUUAAUUCAAAAAGCUUUUCUCGGUCUAAUGAUUAUUUCUGUUGUAUUUUUUAAUAUAGCAAUUAUUUUCUGCUAUAAAAAAAUUAAAUAUUUUCUGAUAAAAAAUCUGACAGGAAGUUGGAGUACUUUAAGUUGUGAAGCUUUGAAUCAGGUUUUGAGAAAUAUGUUGUUACAGGCAAUUCUUGCUGCAUUAACAUCUUUAAGUAUGCUUAUAUUCGUUACAUUAGCAGUUAGUGGAAUUUUCUCAGUUAUUAUCCUUCCAUUUGAACUUUUAUUAUUUUUACCCUCUCAAUGGUUGCCAGUACUCAAUCCUUUAAUUACAAUUAUAACUGUACAUAAAUAUAGAAUUGGAUUUAAAAAACUGAUUGGAUUAAAAGUUUUUACAGAAAAUUCGAAUAAACAAACUCCAGUUGUUUUGCCAAUGGUGCAAACAAAUAAUAACGAAAAUGUUGUUGUACAGGAAAGAUGUAUAACACCGUUAAGAAAUGAGUUAUUUCAGAUUGACCGAACAUAUAAUUAA